AUGGGAGCGCGUCUGGAAAGGAAAAACAUCCCACCGUGGUUGAAAUCUCCCAACGACUUGAAAGAUCCCGAGGUGUUUCAGGUCCCAACCGGGCUGCUGGCAACCGUAUUUGGCCCAAAUGGAUCUCGAAUCCCAUACCUCGAGCAAGUGAGCAAGACUAUGCUCGAGCUGAAGGUUCUGGAAUCCUCGAACUUCACUGAGGUGGUGAUCUACGGAUCCUACUUACACAAGUUACGGGCCAAAUGGAUGCUCCAGUCUCUGGCCGAGUGGCACCGCCAGCGACAAGAGCGAGGGAUGCUGAGACUUGAGGAAGCCAUGAAUGCCCUCGAACUAGACCUUGGAUUCAGUGAAGCCAAUUCCUAG